CCCGUAAAGGAAAGAGUUCUAUCCUAAUCCUUUGUGGAAGUUUGCAAACCCUGUCGUAGUCCGUUUAUCCCAACUCCUCUCCAGACUGAGAGCCACAGCUAGAAUUGUGUCAAGUUCUUGGAAAAAGAAAAUUGAUACUUCAGAAAGCAUUCCUGGAAGAAUGCUGGGUAGUUCAAAACAGGAAACCCGCUGGCCCAUCUCUUCCGCUCAGGCUCCUCCACCGAAACCACCUCGAAGACAGGGAGGCUGGGCAGAUGACUCCAUGAAGGCGGCCAAAUUGGGAAAGAAAGUUUCUGAAGAGAUGGAAGAUCGUCGCCUCCGACAGCAGAGCCUGCCGGGAUCAGAGGAAGGAGAAGACAUUCCUGUGAUCCCAGAUCUGGAAGAUGUGCAGGAGGAAGACUUUGUGCUGCAGGUGGCAUCCCCUCCGAGUAUCCAGGUAAACCGAGUGAUGACCUACCGUGACCUGGACAAUGACCUCAUGAAGUAUUCAGCCUUUCAGACUUUGGAUGGAGAAAUUGACCUGAAACUCCUCACCAAAGUGCUGGCACCUGAGCAUGAAGUGCGAGAGGAUGACGUAGGUUGGGACUGGGACCAUCUGUACACUGAGGUGUCCUCAGAGCUCCUCACAGAGUGGGACCUGCUGCGGGCAGAGAAGGAGGACCCUGUGGGACCAUCCAGGCACAUCUGACCCAAGACCGUCACUGUGCAUUUGAACAAAUGCAAGAAGUCAAACCCAAGGGAGCUUGGGAGCAGCUUACAAUUUUUAUACGAAAUAUUUUGUAAUAGAAUAUUUAUUUUCAGUAGGACACGUUGAAGCAUUCCAAUUCAAUAAAUGACUUUUUUCUGUGA